AUGCAGUCUUGUUUACAAUAUGCUGAUCAUCAUCUUGGCUCAACUAAUUGCGUAUGCAGAAGACAGGUGUUUUGGAUAUCAAAGCAAAUUUUGCAGUUGAUGAUGGAGGAUGCAAUUGAUGACUGGCUUUUAAGGCAAAUUCAUUGUCUUCGCAGAGAAGACAUUAUUGCUCAAGGGAUUCGAUGGGUACAAGAUGUUCUCUGGCCUGAUGGUACAUUCUUCACAAAACUUAAUACUCAAGACAGUAUGGAUGACUGUCAACCGAAUCAGAGAUCUUUACAAACUACAAACCAAAUAGCUGGCAGUAAGGUCUCUAGACCAGUUUCUUUUGAACAACAGCUUGAGGCUGCUCGCAGAGCUAGUGAUGUCAAGAAAAUGAUCUUCAGUGGAGCUCCCAGUACUCUGGUCAGCUUGAUUGGGCACAAGCAGUAUAGGCGUUGUGCUAAAGAUAUUUAUUACUUUCUUCAGUCUACGAUAUGUUUGAAGCAACUUGCAUAUGGAAUACUUGAACUUUUACUCGUAUCAGUUUUCCCGGAGAUGCGGGAUGUUGUGCUGAAUGUUCAUGAGAAGAUGCGUGCUUAA